AUUCUCUCUGUUCAGUGUGUUGUGUCACUUUGCAAUAAGUUGUAUCCACAACACAACACAAGUGUUCACUCUUCACUUCCAGUGUUUCCCAACAACACAUUCUUCUUCUUCUUCUUCUUUUCACUCUUCUCUGACUUCGAUCACCAUCCAUUCAUGUACGCGGCAGAGGUUUUCCGCGUCUUCGCCGUGCGCGGCGGCAACGCUUCUCCGGCGGUGGCUCCCACCACCAACUGCUUAAAAAUCGCAGCUUUCAGCACACCCACUUUCCGUAACAGCGUGAAUGCGAGGUGGGCGAAGGCUUUGACGCUCUGUCGCUGCAGUGUUGACUCAAAGUCCUCCGUCGGCGACGAAGUUUUCUCGGUGACUCAGUCGAACAAGUCCGACGUGGACUACCUCGGAGAGAGCACCAAAGGUGAUUUGAACGUCAAGUUGGAGCAUCUUGAGGCUUUUGGAAUUGAUGGUCAUGCUUCAUUAGAUGGUCCAAUUGAGGAAGUGGCUAGAUCAGAGGCAAGAAAAGCUGAGGAUUUGCUACAAGACUUGGGCAUUCCGAGCCCUUCUUCAUCGAGAAAUUCGCCUCGUGGAAUAUUCUGCAGCCGUACAUUGAAUUUGCGGUCCAUUAGUGCCAUUGGAUAUGACAUGGACUAUACCUUGAUCCAUUAUAAUGUGAUGGCUUGGGAAGGGAGGGCUUAUGACUACUGUAUGGAAAACCUUAAGAAUAUGGGUUUCCCUGUUGAUGGACUUGCCUUUGAUCCUGACCUGGUAAUUAGAGGCCUUGUCAUAGACAAAGAGAAAGGCAAUUUGGUUAAAGCUGAUCGAUUUGGUUACAUAAAAAGAGCUAUGCAUGGUACCAAAAUGUUAUCUACUCGAGCUGUUAGUGAGAUGUAUGGGAGAGAACUGGUGGACCUGCGAAAGGAGAGUCGAUGGGAGUUUCUCAAUACACUGUUUUCUGUGUCUGAAGCUGUGGCCUACAUGCAGAUGGUUGACAGAUUGGAUGAUGGAACUAUACCGGCAGAUCUUGCUCUUGAUUAUAAAGGGCUAUAUAAGGCUGUUGGAAAAGCUCUCUUCUGGGCACAUGUUGAAGGUCGCCUUAAGAGUGAGAUCAUGUCUAAGCCUGAACUGUUUGUGGAGCCUGAUCCAGAAUUACCUUUGGCACUUUUGGAUCAGAAGGAGGCUGGCAAAAAACUUCUACUAAUUACCAACUCAGAUUAUCUUUACACAGACAAAAUGAUGCGGCAUUCUUUUAAUAGAUUCCUUCCCAACGAUAUGGGUUGGCGAGAUCUAUUUGACAUUGUAAUAGUCUCAGCAAGAAAACCAGAGUUCUUCCAAACAUCACAUCCCAUGUAUGAAGUGGUCACAGGCGAGGGCCUUCUGCGUCCAUGCUUCAAAGCUCAAACUGGUGGUUUGUACUCAGGGGGAAGUGCACAAAUGGUUGAAAAUUCCCUAGAUAUUCAUGGAGAUGAAAUAUUGUAUGUUGGCGACCAUAUUUACACUGAUGUCAGUCAAUCAAAAGUCCAUCUGCGAUGGCGAACAGCAUUGAUUUGUCGAGAACUGGAAGAAGAGUACAGUGCCUUGAUUGGUAGCCGUGGUUAUAGAGAAUCAUUGGUGGAGCUUAUUAGUCAAAAGGAGGUUGUAGGGGAUCUCUUUAAUCAACUUCGGCUGGCUCUGCAGAGGCGAAGUAAAGACCGUCCUGCUCAAACCCUAGCAGCAACUAAUCUGGAUGAUGAAGACCUCACUGAUAGCAUGCAAAAGCUACUUAUUGUUAUGCAAAGACUGGAUGAGAAAAUUGCUCCAAUGCUGGAGGCAGAUGGGGAGCUCUUCAAUUCAAGGUGGGGUUUUCUAUCUCGUGCUGGGCUGUGGGAUAAAAGCCACUUGAUGAGACAAAUUGAGAAAUAUGCUGAUAUUUAUACAUCUAGGGUGUCAAAUUUUUUGUAUUAUACACCCUUCAUGUAUUUCCGCUCUCAGGAACAGAACCUUGCGCAUGACUCAUACACAUACUAUUGUUCACAACUUUAUAAUGAGAAUUCUUCCUAGAGCAAAAUGGAAGAUAAAGGAGGAUAAGUAGGAGAAAUAAGAGUCUGCUGUUGACAUUAUGAUCAGAUGUUCAUUGUAACAGUAUUUAAUGCAGUGAUGAUGAUAACGAUACCUUGUAUUAUUUAAACUGAUAUCAACCCUGUGUAGACCCCGGUAGCAUUUUUCCCUUGGUCAAGUGGUGUUUUAGUUGGCCACUGGUUAUAGAAACCCAAGCAAAGGGAGGAAAAUGCCAGAAUUUUGUUUCCAACUGGAAGGGAAAUUGGCAUGAAUUGAAUUAUAAUUCAGCAACAUUCUUCAUGUAACCAGAUUGACAAUUUGGCAAAACGUGGGAAGUCACUAUUCACUAGUGUAUCCUAUAUUUCGUUUUUAUGAACUGUCUUCCCACCAUCAUGAUA